GCAAGUGACGUCAUGUCACCUCGUGACGUCACGAUGUAACAGGAAGUUGCCGCUCCGCGCUCGCACUGCAAUCCGAGGCCACGCCCGCUUGAGCUGCUGUACCGCUCUUGUUUUCAGAAGCGACCUGCCCACAACAACAAUAACAACAAGUCUGCAGCUGUUGCUUCCUCUGCAGAAUUGGUCUGAUGGAGCAAAGGCACUCGGCGCAGCUCGGUACGACAAGGCAACAAUGUGACCGGUGUGCAUACAGCACUGAUUGGACUGGACAUUUGACACGGCACCAGAGAACUCACACAGGAGAGAAACCCUUCAAGUGCAGUGUGUGUGGGAAGGCGUUUGCAGAGUCAUCUGCUCUUAAAAAACACCAGACAACACACACGGGAGAGAAACCCUUCAAGUGCAGUGUGUGUGGGAAGGCGUUUUCAGAUUCAUCAAAUCUUCAUGUACACCAGAGAACACACACGGGAGAGAAACCCUUCAAGUGCAGUGUGUGUGGGAAGGCGUUUGCACUUUCUUCUACUCUUGUAAUACACCAGAGAAUACACACGGGAGAGAAACCCUUUAAGUGUAGUGUGUGUGGGAAGGCGUUUGCACUUUCAUCUACUCUUGUAGAACACCAGAGAACACACACGGGAGAAAAACCCUUCAAGUGCAGUGUGUGUGGGAAGGCGUUUGCACAGUCAUCUGCUCUUGUAGCACACCAGAGAACACACACGGGAGAGAAACCCUUCAAGUGCAGUGUGUGUGUGAAGGCGUUUGCACAUUCAUCUGCUCUUGUAAUACACCAGAGAAUACACACGGGAGAGAAUCCCUUCAGGUGCACUCCGUGCGGGAUGGCCACGGAUCGUCCUGGAAAUUUGACACAGCACCAGAGAACUCACACAGGAGAGAAAUCCUUUAAGUGCAGUGUGGGUGGGAAGGAGUUUGCACAAUCAUCUUCUCUUGUAAUACACCAGAGAACACACAAGGGAGAGAAACCCUUCAAGUGCAGUGUGUGUGGGAAGGCAUUUGCACAGUCAUCUUCUCUUGUAACACACCAGAGAACACACAAGGGAGAGAAACCCUUCAAGUGCAGUGUGUGUGGGAAGGCGUUUGCACAUUCAUCUUCUUUUGUAACACACCAGAGAAUACACACGGGAGAGAAACCCUUCAAGUGCAGUGUGUGUGGGAAGGCAUUUGCACAGUCAUCUUCUCUUGUAACACACAAGAGAACACACACUGGAGAGAAACCCUUCAAGUGCAGUGUGUGUGGGAAGGCGUUUGCACGUUCACCACAUCUUAAAAGACACCAGAGAAUACACACUGGAGAGAAACCCUUCAAGUGCACUCCGUGCGGGAUGGCGUUUACAGAUUCAUCAAAUCUUCAUGUACACCAGAGAACACGCAAGCAUCAGAAGAUCCACAAGGAGCGGAGUCUGAAAUCAGCUUGUGAAAGUCAAAGUGCUGCAAUGAGCCCAUCCCUCAUGAAACAAGAACCGGAAGAAAAUCCCAGCUUGGACACUUUUAAAGAAAUCAAGGUGAAAUAUGAAGAGGUGAAGGUGAAAUGUGAAGAAGUGAUGGUGAAGAGCGAAGAAGUGAAGGUAAAAUGUGAAGAUGAAGGUUCAACUCGAAAAUCGGACCUUCACAUCGAUGGUGGCAACGUGAAGCAGGAGGAGAAUUCUGACUGUGAGGCAGAGCGAGGCAACUCCCAGCAGUUUGUGGAAGUGGAGGUGUGGGUGGACUUCCGAGACAAUAGAAAGUCAAAUGGAGACCCGGUAGAUGUGUAAGCCUGAGACGAUGUCGCUCCAAUAGAUGCAUCUUUGUCACAGGCCUUUAAUGACAAGAAUGUGAAGUUGAUCACUCAAUUCCUAGGUGCAAUCUGCAGGGUAAGAGCGGCCAGUCUUUGUGGACCUGUGUGUUGGGUAGAUCUCUAACCAGGAGCAAGAGCCAAUAAGCUCCCAAGCAUUCGCUAUGUUAUAUUUGCAUUUAUAUGGUGCUUGCUUAAUCGCCUCUGGCAACUAGGAGAUUUGUACUGUAUCGUAUCUCUUUUCAAACAUUCGAAGAGCAUCCCCAAGUAGCAGCUGCCCCUGUGUGGCACAAGGAAGUGGCCCUGCACCGGCCUGCAUGUGGACAAGAGCCUGUCAGUGGGGGGCGAUGGUUGAUGUGGCAUCUUGGUUGUGGAGUUUGUAGGUAAUGUUUGGAAUUUGCUUAAUUUUUACCCAGACACCAGCAUUCGUUUUGAAUGGCGCAAUAGUAUGUUGUACAUUGUUAAGCGGACAGUUUUUUUUACAUCUUGUUAAUACGAUGUAACCUGAUGCAGAAUAUUUCAGUGCAGUAAUUUAACUUGGUUAAAAUGAUUGUCAAUCAUUUAGAAUGAAUACUUGUCUGAUUGUCUGUAUACAUGUAACAUUUAACUAUACAUUGAAUAAGUGAUGUUAGGACAAAGUUUGUUUUGCAGGUAACCUGUACAGAUCACUUGUUCUCAUGAUACAUGUCAAAGGGUACUUUUGUGUUUUCAGGAAGCGUCUGCCUCUGGAGCAACUCAUUGUCUUUUAGAUAGUGAGUACGCUCGGAUCAUUCAUCAGUUACAAGGCAUACCGAUUAAAAGUUACACGAAAAAGAGGAACAUUCUCUACAACACGAAUUAUAAUUUUGUAUUAUGUGUUGACAUAGAUUUUGUCGAAUUAGGACAAGAAAUGGUCCUUGCUGAUUGGAAAGUGACGAAAGAAUUGCACACGAGCGACGCAUCCACGCAAGCUCCCGAUGCUCCGUUUUGAAGUUUGAAAAUGAAACAACUUUGAAUUGUAUUAUGUUUUGAAUUAGAUCAUUGUAUUUCUUCAUUAAAAGCU